AUGCCACUGUUUGCGAGCAGAAGUGAUGGAGAUCCAAUCGCAGCCCUGGAGCAGACGCUCAUGGACACCAGGACGGCUACUGCAGAGCUGGGCUGGACAGCCAAUCCCGCCUCGGGGUGGGAAGAAGUCAGUGGCUACGAUGAGAACCUGAACACCAUCCGCACGUACCAGGUGUGCAACGUCUUCGAGCCCAACCAGAACAACUGGCUGCUCACCACGUUCAUCGACCGGCGCGGGGCCCACCGCAUCUACGCCGAGAUGCGCUUCACCGUGAGAGACUGCAGCAGCCUGCCCAACGUCCCCGGCUCCUGCAAGGAGACCUUCAACUUGUACUACUACGAGACUGACUCGGUCAUCGCCACCAAGAAGUCGGCCUUCUGGUCCGAAGCCCCCUACCUCAAAGUGGACACCAUCGCUGCGGACGAGAGCUUCUCCCAGGUGGACUUCGGGGGAAGGCUGAUGAAAGUGAACACAGAAGUCAGGAGCUUUGGGCCGCUCACGAGGAACGGCUUUUACCUCGCGUUCCAGGAUUACGGGGCCUGCAUGUCUCUCCUUUCCGUCCGGGUCUUCUUCAAAAAGUGCCCCAGCAUCGUGCAAAAUUUCGCGGUGUUCCCAGAGACCAUGACGGGGGCGGAGAGCACAUCCCUGGUGAUUGCCCGGGGUACGUGCAUCCCCAAUGCAGAGGAAGUGGACGUGCCCAUCAAACUCUACUGCAACGGCGACGGGGAGUGGAUGGUGCCCAUUGGGCGCUGCACCUGCAAGGCUGGCUAUGAGCCGGAGAACAGCGUGGCCUGCAAGGCCUGCCCUGCAGGGACGUUCAAGGCCAACCAGGAAGCUGAGGGCUGCUCCCACUGCCCCUCCAACAGCCGCUCCCCUUCGGAAGCGUCUCCCAUCUGCACCUGCCGGACUGGCUAUUACAGAGCAGAUUUUGACCCCCCGGAAGUGGCGUGCACUAGCGUCCCAUCGGGGCCCCGCAAUGUCAUCUCCAUCGUCAACGAGACGUCCAUCAUUCUGGAGUGGCACCCUCCGAGGGAGACAGGGGGGCGGGACGACGUGACCUACAACAUCAUCUGCAAAAAAUGCCGGGCAGACCGCCGGAGCUGCUCACGCUGCGAUGACAACGUGGAGUUCGUCCCCAGGCAGCUGGGCCUGACCGAGUGCCGAGUCUCCAUCAGCAGCCUGUGGGCCCACACCCCCUACACCUUUGAUAUCCAGGCCAUCAAUGGGGUCUCCAGCAAGAGUCCCUUCCCCCCGCAACACGUCUCUGUCAACAUCACGACAAACCAAGCUGCCCCCUCCACUGUUCCCAUCAUGCACCAGGUCAGUGCCACCAUGAGAAGCAUCACCCUGUCGUGGCCACAGCCGGAACAGCCCAAUGGCAUCAUCCUGGACUAUGAGAUCCGGUACUAUGAGAAGGAACACAACGAGUUCAACUCCUCAAUGGCGAGGAGCCAGACGAACACGGCGCGCAUCGACGGGCUGCGGCCGGGCAUGGUGUACGUGGUACAGGUGCGCGCCCGCACGGUGGCUGGCUACGGGAAGUUCAGUGGCAAGAUGUGCUUCCAGACUCUGACGGACGAGGACUACAAGUCGGAGCUGAGGGAGCAGCUGCCCCUCAUUGCUGGCUCGGCAGCGGCCGGGGUCGUGUUCGUCGUGUCCUUGGUGGCCAUCUCCAUAGUCUGCAGCCGGAAGCGGGCGUACAGCAAAGAGGCGGUGUACAGCGAUAAACUCCAGCAUUACAGCACAGGCCGAGGCUCCCCAGGGAUGAAGAUCUACAUUGAUCCCUUCACUUAUGAGGACCCCAAUGAAGCCGUCCGGGAGUUUGCCAAGGAGAUUGAUGUGUCUUUUGUGAAAAUCGAAGAGGUCAUCGGAGCAGGGGAGUUUGGAGAGGUGUACAAGGGGCGUUUGAAACUGCCCGGCAAGAGGGAAAUCUACGUGGCCAUCAAAACCCUGAAGGCCGGGUACUCGGAGAAGCAGCGGCGGGACUUCCUGAGCGAGGCCAGCAUCAUGGGCCAGUUCGACCACCCCAACAUCAUCCGCCUGGAGGGCGUGGUCACCAAGAGCCGGCCGGUCAUGAUCAUCACGGAGUUCAUGGAGAACGGUGCUCUGGAUUCCUUCCUCAGGCAGAAUGACGGGCAGUUCACGGUGAUCCAGCUGGUGGGGAUGCUCAGAGGCAUCGCUGCGGGCAUGAAGUACCUGGCCGAGAUGAACUACGUGCACCGGGACCUGGCUGCUAGGAACAUCUUGGUCAACAGCAACCUGGUGUGCAAGGUGUCUGACUUUGGCCUGUCCCGCUACCUCCAGGAUGACACCUCAGACCCCACCUACACCAGCUCCCUGGGAGGGAAGAUUCCUGUGAGAUGGACGGCUCCUGAGGCCAUUGCCUACCGCAAGUUCACUUCGGCCAGCGACGUCUGGAGCUACGGGAUUGUCAUGUGGGAAGUCAUGUCCUUUGGAGAGAGACCCUACUGGGAUAUGUCCAACCAAGAUGUCAUCAAUGCUAUCGAACAGGACUACCGGCUGCCCCCUCCCAUGGACUGCCCCGCAGCCCUGCACCAGCUCAUGCUGGACUGUUGGCAGAAGGACCGGAACAGUCGGCCCCGCUUUGCAGAGAUUGUCAACACCCUAGACAAGAUGAUCCGGAACCCGGCAAGUCUCAAGACUCUGGCAACCAUCACCGCCGUGCCUUCCCAGCCCCUGCUUGACCGCUCCAUCCCAGACUUCACGGCCUUCACCACCGUGGACGACUGGCUCAGUGCCAUCAAAAUGGUCCAGUACAGGGACAGCUUCCUCACCGCCGGCUUCACUUCCCUCCAGCUGGUCACCCAGAUGACGUCAGAAGACCUUCUGAGAAUAGGGGUCACCCUGGCAGGCCACCAGAAGAAGAUCCUGAACAGCAUUCAUUCGAUGCGGGUCCAGAUGAGUCAGUCACCGACGGCGAUGGCCUGAGAACUCGCAUGUUCUCUGGGAGGGGGGAGGCAAG